CUUUAGUUUUUUUUGCUGUUCGUCAAUAAACACCAGAAGAAGAACUUAAAACAAAGGCGGUUCACUAAACGACGGGAAGCUGAAGUCUCCUCCUUAUCACAUGACCAUGAGUUUCUCUCCUCAUCCUCCCAAUUUCCCUGGGUGCAACAGUAUCCAGGAGCAGAGGGACUGCUGGGAGAGAAAAUGCAGUCGAGUAGCCAAAGAGUUGGUGCAGACAGAGCAACACUACUGCCAACAGUUGGAACUUGUGACCACAGUCUUUGUGGAAAUCUUGAAAGCCAAAGGAACCUUAAAGGAGGAAAUUAGAGAAGGAAUCUUCAGUUCCAUUAAAUCCAUCCUUUCAAUGAAUCAAUCAUUGCUGGUCCAUUUGCAGAAUGGUUACAUUGGGAAAGGCCUGGAACAGUUCUGCUCACAUUUGCACCACUACAACACCUAUGUGGACAAUAUCUACAAUGCUAACAAAGUCCUUGGGAUCCAGCUGAAGAAAAACAAGGCCUUCAGACGUUUUAAGAAACUACAAGAAGCCCGACCACAGUUCCACAACCAAAAGCUAGAGGAUCUACUCCAACUUCCAGUUCAGCGAAUUAAUCAGUAUAAGUAUUUCCUACAAGACCUGGCUGCCAACACAAGUCCAGACAACCCAGAGUUUGAACAGUUUUCAAGGGCUGUAGCUGCCAUGUGUGACGUCUCCCAGCGUAUCCACGACAAUGCUCAGCGCCAUGAAAACCAACUGCAGCUUUGUAGAGUGCAAAAACUGCUGAAAGGGCGAAAGACACGGGUGUUGGCUCCAGGAAGAUGGUUUAUCCGUGAGGGUUGGCUGAAGAUCGUUCCUCCAAAGGGCUCUGAGGCGAAGCCAAAGAUGUUCUUCCUGUUCUCUGACUUGCUGCUGCAGGCGAAAUGCUGUAGUCCACUGUCUCUCUCCAAUGGUGAGAAGUUUGUAGGACAGCAUGCCUAUCCACUGCAAGACGCUGCUGUUGAAAAGGUGUUUGGCCACACCAUGGGCCAUGGAGGCCUGCUCAGUUUAACCUUCCCCAAAGUGAAAAUACUACUAAUGUCCAGCAACCAUGAUGACCUCAAUGACUGGUAUCAGUGCUUGAGCUCAGCUAUCAGAAAGCUCCAGUCUAAACAGCCAGUCGUUCUUCAGAGAGAUGAGCUGUGUUACAGACCUCUCCACUCUGCUCUGGACCACACCAAUCCAGUCAGGAAGACAAACAUGACUAGCAUUGUGUCUGCAGCUCCCCCAAGAGGAUAAAGCAGUCUGGUGAUGAAGAGCAAAGGGUUAAAAUGUUUAUGCCCAGCAGUGCAGAAGCCUUCACUUCCAACUGCCUGAUUCUCUGAUGGAUUUCUUCAGUCUCAAAUGAUUGUGGUGGCUUGUUGCUGCACAACGUCCACUCAUGCUGUCCUCUGAGUGACAUACAGGUGCGCUGUCUAUGUCACCCAGAUAUAUUUUUUCUUACUUUGACUUUAAAGCGUUUUAUUAUUACUAACUUCAACUUUCUCCCUUCUUGGGAUAAUUUUACUAUAGUGUUCUGUUACCUACAUAAAAUAUGAUGGAGUUUUAACUGUGAGAUCCUACUGCUGCUACCUUUUCCAGACAGUCAUGUAAAAGACAAUCAUAAGAUAGUGCUAUACAGUAUGUUUAAUUAUCUACAACAGCAUAAUAUUAUUUUAUUAUUUUACUCCUUUGCUUGAUUAACUUGAUCCAACUUAUAUCUGUUUCUGUGAUCUGAUGAGGAAUGUAUACUUUUAACUUGAUCUAUAUGGAUUCCAAAUGCCAGAGACUGCUGGCUGAUGUGUAAAAUGCUACCAUGCUGUUGCAACAGGCUGCAGGAUAACUGCUCACUAAGUGCACACUAACCUCUGUCUUUCCCUCUUCUUGAAAGUUCCUUUUAUUGGAUAAUUCUGUAUCUGUCUGCAUCCAGGCAAAACAACCUGGUCAACACAUAUGAAAUGUGACCUGCAAAGUUUUUUUCUCACUUUAAGCUUUAGUCCUACCUUUUUACAGAAAUUCUACAAACUCUAUUACCGCAUUAACUCUAUUCUGAUUAUGUUGCACACUAUUUUACUCUUUUUUAUUUUUUAUAUAUAUAUACUUUUUUGCUACUGAACUUUCCAUUUAAAACCUGUUUACCUGGGUUUCAAAUUCAAACUGUAAAUGAAAGUUGUAAUUUCCUCCUAAACAUUAAAAUAAUAAAACAAGCUUACAUUUA